AUGAACCAACCCAGCCAGCCCAGCCAGCCCAGCCAGCCCAGCCAGCCCAGCCAGUUUACCACGUCAACCUCAGUCAACGUGCCAAUCGAGCAAAGACCGACCGUUACCGGCCUCUGUCUUUCUUGUCAUCAGAUCAAGAGUUUAGCCACCUAUAAUCUCCCCUUCUUCGAGCCAUCAUCAACCAUCAUGGGUAAAAAGAAGAGACCCGCUCCUCCCCAAAGAUACGACGUCGUUAUCAGAUGGAAGAACUACUUUGGCGCCGGCGAGCUUGAGGAUUGGCAGCGGUUGUGUCAAGAUCUGGGGCUGGAUGGUGACUUUGCCAGUAAGAGGAAAUGUCGAAAUGCUCUCAAAAGCAUCAACGUCAACAUCUGGGACUUCCUCGAUGCUGUCGAGGUGGGAACCAUCCCGCAGAUGUUUCUCACCAAGAAGGAACUUGUCAAGUACACAUGGAAGACGGGACGGAUAUUUCCAAGAGAUGAAGCGAAGGACAUGGGGCCUGUGGCAGCUCUGCUGAAGAUGUUGCGUUAA